AUGUCGAUUAUCCGUCUUCCCAACGAGUUGGUGCAGAUUAUCAUUCAGCACAUCACUACCGAUCGGGACAUCUACGCCUUUAUUCGAGCGAACAGGAAACUCUUCAGCUUUGGCAAGCAUCUCCUUUACCGAAACAACGCGAGGAACAAUAACAGUAGUUGCCUGAUAUGGGCCGCAACUUAUGGAAAGGUGGAUACUAUUCUUUACGCCCUGUCCGUCGGCCAGGCAAAUGUCGAUACACCAACCCGUCUAUGGGCAAAGACUACACCACUACUGGCCGCCGUUAGAUCGGGCCAACUUGACGCGGCCAAGGCAUUGAUUGAACAAGGCGCGGAUGUGAACAAGGGCGAUUUCAUGAACACAACACCACUUAGUCAAGCGGCGCAGAAUCGUCAGCGCAAUUUUGAGCGCCUUGUCCUGUGCUUGUCACAAUCUCAGCCGGGACCUUCUCCACCUGUCGGCAGUUUCCAACGUUCGCCGACCUCUCCAUUCUAA